AUGGGAGCCCGAGCCCUCAUCCUGAUGGCCUCUGUCCUCGUGCAUUUCAUCCUGCUUCCUGGGUCAAGAUGUGAAGAAAACUGUGGCAAUCCUGAGCAUUGCCUGACCACAGACUGGGUACAUCUCUGGUAUAUAUGGUUACUGGUGGUAAUUGGUGCGCUGCUCCUCCUGUGGGGCCUGACUUCCCUGUGCUUCCGCUGCUGCUGCCUGAGUCGCCAGCAAAAUGGGGAAGAAGGAGGCCCCCCACCCUACGAAGUGACCGUCAUCACUUUCGAUCAUGACAGCACUCUGCAGAGUACUAUCACUUCCCUGCAGUCAGUGUUUGGUCCUGCAGCCCGGAGAAUCCUGGCUGUAGCCCAUUCUCACAGCUCCCCGGGCCAACUGCCCUCCUCUUUGGACACCCUCCCAGGGUAUGAGGAAGCUCUUCACAUGAGUCGCUUCACAGUAGCAAGGUCUGGGCAGAAAGCACCUGAUCUAUCCCCUGUCCCUGAAGAAAAACAGCUUCCUCCAAUGAAGAAGGAGUCUUCUGGAGUAGAACGCUCUUCAGAUUGAUGGCAACUGAGAUUUUGUAAAUGGGAAUUGGAGUAUCUCCAAAGUCUGUGGG